CAAAGACCAAUAUCCAAUUUUCUCUUUAUUAUUCUCUCUCCCCUCCUCUCUUUCUAUUUAAAGGCUAUCUUCUUCUUUCUCUAUCCCCUCUCCUCAUCUCUCUUAUCUCUCUCUUGAGUUUCUGAGUCUCUGGAAGACCUCUGAGUUGGGUUUGUAUUUUGGAUUUUUGAUAUGGAGAGCCAGUACAUUGGGAGCAAUAGUGGGAUGGAACAGCAGAAGGAAGUGAAGAUAGCAAACCAAAGAGGAGGUGGGACACGUGAGUCGAUUCUGAGGAUUUUGGCCUUGGUGCUAACUCUUACGGCUUCUAUUGUCCUUGGAGUCGGUAAGCAAACCGAAAUUGUAUCGUUGAAGCUCAUCCCAACCUUGCCUCCUAUUGAUGUUCCUGCUACGGCUAAGUGGCAUUACUUAUCUGCUUUUGUGUACAUGGAGGUAUCAAGUCAGGACAAGACUUUACAAGUCCCUCGUAAGUACCUUGUGGCAGCAGACGCCAUAGCAUGCGCAUAUGCAGCAUUUUCCCUAGUCCUUUCUUUUGCGAAUCGGGGCACGAAGAAUAAGUUAGGGCUGGUGAUCAUCGUGCUCGAUCUGUCAAUGGUGGCGUUGCUCUUUUCCGCCAUUGGAUCUGCCGGGGCAAUUGGCCUAAUGGGGUAUCAAGGGAAUACACGUGUGCAGUGGAACAAGGUCUGCAACGUUUUCGGAAAAUUCUGCCACCUAGUCGCAGCCUCCACCGCCCUGUCCUUCCUUGGAUCUCUGGCAUUCUUCUUCCUAGUUGUGCUUGCUGUUCUAGGCCUUAGCAGGAGGUCUAUGUAGAAUAAUAGUCUGCUCGGAACCCUCUAAUUUACAAUGCCUGUAGAGGUAGAACGUAAUUUUUAUUGCUCAUGUUGUCAAGUACGUACUAGCCAAUUUGGGGUGUGUGUGUACGCGCGCGCGCAUAAUAAUGGAAUUCGAUUCCAUCUUUACUACUCCAUGUAAUUUAUAUCCUGUCCAAAUGAUCUUUACCAAUAUUUCUGGAAGUACUAUUGCUAAGAGUUGUUUUCCAUAGACUUCUGAUAUUUGGAACAAAAGAGGAGAUAGCAAGGAAACAAAAAGGUUA